GAUUCAUACUUCAUUUUUUGCGACGCGAAAGCGCGAUGCGAAAGUGCGAAAUGUCUUGCGUUGGCGACGGCUGAUUUAUACUUUUCAGGUCAUUUUGCGAGACGCCGCGAGUCGCACUUCACGUGGUCAACUUUUUUGCAACUAAAAAAUGUUGUUCUCUUGGCAACGGGAAGUUGUGCCGGGAAACUGCAAAAAUCCACUGACAUGAUGUGGUUCUCGUGUUUCUUUUCAUUUUGAGAGAGACGAGCGCAAGAGCAAGAGCAAGAUGGAUAUGGACACAGCGUUGGAUGUCGCAGCAGCCUGUUUGCUGCUAGCUGCUGCGUUUCAGCGUCGGAGGACAGCACGGACCAGACGUUGGUGUGUUCGUCCGUAUUACCAGCACAGGUUAGAGCGAGGGUCGUACCAGUCAGACAUUGUGCAAAUGAGAAGUGUAGACGAGAGCCUGCACUUCAAGUAUGUGCGUAUGUCCCCGGCUGUUUUCGACCGCUUACUCGUCCUGAUAGAGCCGUUCUUGCCGGUGAGGCGUCAGCUGAAUUCCGCAACAAGACCAGAAAUCACCAAUGCGGAACGAUUAGCCCUGACGCUGCGAUAUCUGGCCUCAGGAGAGUCCAUGCAGAACAUUGCUAUCCAGUUCCGUGUGGGCCACUCCACUGCCCACCACAUCAUUAUCGAUGUAUGCCAAGCCAUCUGGGCUGGUCUUGUGGACAAAUACAUGCAGUGCCCUUCAAAACCAGCUGAAUGGGCUGCUGUAGCUACUGAUUUCUACGCGAGGUGGAACUUCCCACACUGCAUUGGUGCGAUCGAUGGGAAGCACAUCAAUAUGCAAGCGCCUCACAACUCUGGCAGUAGCUUCUACAACUACAAGAACUUCCACUCCAUCGUUCUUCUGGCCGCUGUGGAUGCGCAAUACCGCUUCAUCAUGGUUGACAUCGGCGCCAGUGGUCGCGAAAGUGACGGCGGUGUGUUCUCUAUGAGUGCCUUUGGCCAGUCUCUAGAGUCGGCAUCAGCAGGUCUUCCUGACGCAACCGAUUCCGUCCCCGGACUAGGUCAGCUCCCUUACUUUAUGGUUGGAGAUGAAGCUUUUCCACUUCGCUCCUACAUGAUGCGACCUUACCCUGGGAAGCAACUUUCAAUUGACAAGCGGAUCUUCAAUUACCGGCUGUCAAGGGCUAGACGCAUUGUGGAAAAUGCUUUUGGCAUUCUUGUGGCUCGGUGGCGAUUGUUUCGGCAGCCAAUAAAUGCGAAGCCUGAAAAUGUUGUUCAUUUCACGAAGGCCUGUGUAGUUUUGCACAAUUUCCUCCAGACGGAGAGCAGCGCAACCUACUGUCCAAGUGGCUUCAUUGACACAGACGUCAACGGUCGAGUGAGCGAGGGCUCUUGGCGGAUUGACUUCAAGAACGGCGGACUCACUGACAUUACCAAGGCAGCAAGCAACAACUUCACAAGGCAUGUCAAGACAUUGCGCGAGCAGCUGGCACGGUUUUUCUUGUCACCUGCUGGAGCUGUGUCCUGGCAAGUGGAUGCUGUCACAGAAAUUCAUUGAUGAGUGUUCUGGUCGGGCUUCCAUUAUUAUUUUUUGUAUUCUUCGUCCUGUUCUGUGUGUGUAGGUGUGUGUGUAGGUGUGUGUGUAGGUGUGUGUGUGUGUGUGUAGGUGUGUGUGUAGGUGUAGGUGUGUGUGUGUGUGUGUGUGUGCGCGCGUAGGUGUGUGUGUGUGCGUAGGUGUGUGUGUGUGUGUGUGUGUGUGUGUGCGUGCGUACCGUAUUUCCCCGAUUAUAGGUCGCACUUGAUUAUAAGCCGCACCCCCAUUUCCAGGUUUGAGCAAUAUUGUUUUGAUAUAUUGACUCGAUUGCAAGUCACCCUUUUCACCUUUUUCACCCUUUAUUUUUAUUUUUAGUGUAAAAAGGUGCGACCUAUAGUCGGGGAAAUACGGUAGAUGCGUGUGUGCCGGUGUGUGUGCGUGUAUGUGUGUGUAGGUGUGUGUGCCGGUGUGUGUGUGUGUGUGCGUGUGUGUAUGGGUGUGUGUGUGUGUGUGCGUGGGUGUGAGCGUGUUUAUAGUUAUAAUUUGUUGCUGGUUUUCUACUCCUCUUCUUAUUCUUUGUCCGGGCUUCCAUGAAUAUUUUUGGUAUUCUUCGUCCUGUUUUGUGUGUGGGCGUGAGCGUGUUUAUAGUUAUUAUUCUUUGCUGGUUUUCUACUCCUUUUCUUAUUCUUUGUCCGGGCUUCCAUUAUUAUUUUUUGGUAUUCUUCGUCCUGUUGUGUGGGUGUGAGCGUGUUUAUAGUUAUUAUUUUUUGCUGGUGUUCUACUCCUUUUCCUCUUCAUUGUCCGGGCUUCCAUGAUUAUUUUUGGUAUCCUCCGUCCGGUUUUGCUGUUGUGUGUGUGCAUGUGCAUGAAUUUGAGCAAGUGCGAAUGUGGACUCUGCUUCGAUCCCGUAAUUACGUUUGCUCUGGUCUAGCUUUAUCUGCAAGUCCAGAUGUGUGAGCGUGUUUAUAGUUAUUCUUUUUUGGAUAUUCUUUGUCUGGUUUUGCUGUUGCAAGUAACUUGAGCUUGCUCACGCAAUUACGGUAAAUGAGGCAUGCAUAUAAAUGUUUGCAUGCAAACUCA